AAUCCUCUCCAGUCACAUCACACCUGAAAAAUGAGGAACUCAUGAAGUUUGUUUUAUUACAGAUCAAAUGGAUUUCACACCGUUCACUUUCCCACCAGACAACUCUUCCUUCUCCUCUUCUGUUUUCUGUCUCUGUCCCACUGCUGCCACUCGGAUCUUCCUCCCCUCCGUAUACACGCUCCUCUUCCUCACCGCUCUCCCAGGUAACGCUCUCUCGUUGUGGGUGUUCCUUCGGUGCAUCUCCACCAUCUCCCCCACACACGUCUAUCUGUCCCACCUGAGUAUCUCCAACCUGUUGCUGUCCCUCACCGCGCCCUUCCUCGCCGCCUACUACGCCUGGGGCUCCGUCUGGACGCUGAGCGGCGCCCUGUGUCAGCUGGUCCUGCAUGUCAUCACCCCGGUGCUCCACAUUAACAUCUACAUAAGCCUGGUGAUCCUCACCUGGGUGGCCCUCUGCCGCUUUGCAGUCCUCAUCCAGCACACCCACGCCUCCCGGCCGAGCACCUGCACGACCCUGCUGCCGCACACCUUCUUCACCUGCCUCUUGAGAGCCUCCUUCGCCAGCAGGGUGUGUGCGGCGGUGUGGGUGGUGGCCGUGGGAGGCAUCGUGCCGGUGACCGUUUACUACUCAGUGAAUGAAGCUACUGCAGCUGAUGGAGCAGCGGAGGAGGGAGGAUGUGUGGAGGUGUGCUACAGCCCUGCAGUGGAAAUCGGGGGCAGUCUGUCUGCAGCGUUCAACGUGCCUCUUUUUCUCAUGUUCUUCAUCUUCUACCUGCUGGUGCUGCUGUUCUACAUGACCCUGCUGAGGCACAUCAGACGCUCACGCCACAGUACAAACAUCACAACCUCCCAGAGCCUGUUGGGCCCCCUUCGAAACAUCGUCAUCAUACAGGUGGUUCUUUCAGUUUGUCUGCUGCCGUAUCACAUCUUCAAACCCAUCUUCAUCACUGUGGCUCAUUAUCAACUUCAGCCGACGUCUCCACCGAACAUCCUCAACCACUGUCACCCUCUCUCCGCCCUCAUCGAGCUGAAGAACUGCCUGCUUCUUCUGGCCACACUGAGAGGCUCAACCGACCCUGUGAUGUACUUCCUGUUAGACAAAACCUUCCAUCACCAAACCCUCGUUCUUUUAGGAUGCAACCGGAACAACCUCAGAGGCAAAGCGACGCUGGGGUCAGACACAGGAAGUGCCGGUCAGAGGACAGGACAGGUGGUGGAUGGAAACGUUGCCACGGCGACGGGGGACUUAAGUCAUGAAAGUGUUUUGUAGCUUUUGAAAGAAGCUGAUUUUAAAACCUGGCAGAUUUGGGGUUUAAAAAAUGACUGAAAAAGAAGAAUCGAUUAAACCUUGAAAGUCAUUUGAAUAAAGCCGAC